AUGCUGGACACGAUAAGAGAUGCGCCCCUCGGCCAGCUCAUUCGGUUCAUCACCAACAAUCGAACCGUUCUGUACCCUGACGAGCGACCCGGGUUCGCGCUCCCGAAGCUGGCACCCGAAAGUCCAGGAGAUCUAUCCCCAGAGGACGAGAGAACACCGAGCACCGAUGAAGAAGCUGCGGGUAGACUCAGUCUUGAGCGACAAAUCAGUCGAGUCUUUACCCAGGAACGACUGGAAUUGGAUCGUCAGCUUGAACUGGAAAAGACAAGAAGCAUCCCGAUAUCUCUUCACAAGUCCGCCGAUGGAACCGUGCUCGUCGACUGGUACACGACCGAUGACCCGGAGAACCCACAAAAUUGGUCCAAGGGGAAGAAGAGUUUUGUCCUGUUGCAGAUAUGUCUCUACAGUUUCGCAAUGUAUGCUGGAUCCAGUAUCUACGUGGUUGGUGAGGCGGGCGUCAUGGAAGAGUUUGGGGUUUCACAGGCUGCAGCGGCCAUGGGACUGGCAAUCUAUGUCAUAGGAUAUGGUAUCGGUCCUCUCCUUUUUGCACCCCUCAGUGAAAUCCCAGCCAUCGGUCGGAACGGAGUGUAUACCCCGACAUUCUUCCUCUUCGUCAUCCUGUCCGUACCCACCGCGGUGGUCAAGAACUACGCCGGUCUUCUCGUCCUGCGAUUCUUACAAGGAUUCCUGAGCAGUCCGUGCUUAGCGAACGGAGGUGCAUCUGUGGGUGACAUGUACAAUUUACUCCUUCUCCCGCUUUACCUGUCUGCGUGGACGGCCGCGUGCUUUUGGGGUCCAGCGUUGGGUCCCGUCAUUGCUGGAUUCGCAGUCUCUGCCAAGGGAUGGCGCUGGUCACUCUGGGAACUCGUGUGGAUGUCAGCCCCCAUCCUAGUUCUCUACCUCAUCGCCUGCCCCGAGACACGUGGAUCGACCAUCCUCCGUCGUCGAGCACGGCGCCUUCGUAGAACCAUGGGACGGAACGACCUUCGUUCUCAAAGCGAGAUCCAGCAAGCAGACAUGAGUGUGUCAUCGAUCUUUGUCGACGCCGUCAUCAAACCUGUGGAAAUUAUGAUCAAAGAUCCAGCUGUACUGUUUACAAAUGUCUAUACGGCUUUGACUUACGGGAUAUACUACUCGUUUUUCGAGGUGUUUCCACUCGUAUACAUCGACAUCUACGGCUUCAACCUCGGCGAGCUGGGCUUGACUUUUCUAACCAUCGGCAUCGCUUGUCUCAUCGGUGUCACCGGCUUUACUUCCUACCUGCUCCUGUAUCUCGUUCCGGACAUUCGUAACCGAGGUUUCCGGCCCCCCGAGCAUCGCUUGGUUCCGGCCUUGUUUGGUGUCUGUGCCCUUCCGAUGGGGUACUUUAUGUUUGGCUGGACCGCACGUGCCUCGAUACAUUGGAUCGUGAGCAUGGUUGGAGUUGUCAUCCUCGUGGCUGCCAACUUUUUCAUCUUCCAGUGCAUCUUUGUGUACUUGCCACUGUCUUACCCACGGUACGCGGCGUCGUUGUUCGCCGGCAACGAUCUUUUCCGCGCCCUCUUCGCCGCCGGUUGCGUCGUCUUCUCUCGACCAAUGUUUCUCACCCUCGGCGUCGGAGGUGGCGUCAGUCUCCUCGCCGGUUUGGCCGUCGUCGGUGUCGUUGGCAUGUUUGCCUUGUACUUUUACGGCGCCAAGUUGAGAGCCAGAAGUACAUUUGCCGUGGCAUAA